CGCGCACGCGCACGCCCACCCCCGCCGCGCUUCCGGCCGGGCCACGUGAUCGCGCGCGCACGUGUUCCGGCCCCUCGGCGCGGCGGGUCGGAACCUCCUCCCGGUCCGGCCCGGCCGCUGCCCACCUAGACCUGCGGCAGGCCGGCCGGGGAGGCGGCGGGCCCGGGAAGCGGCGAAGACGCGGCGCCCGCCGAGUCGGGCGGAGCAGCGGGCCCGGUGGGCUGGCAGCGGCUUCGCCAUGAACCCCAGGGGCCUGUUCCAGGACUUCAACCCGAGUAAGUUCCUCAUCUACGCCAGCCUGCUGCUCUUCUCGGUGCUGCUGCCCCUCCGCCUGGACGGCAUCAUCCAGUGGAGCUACUGGGCCGUCUUCGCCCCCAUAUGGCUGUGGAAGCUGCUGGUCAUCGCCGGCGCCUCGGUGGGCGCGGCCGUUUGGGCCCGCAACCCUCGAUACCGCACCGAGGGGGAGGCCUGCGUGGAGUUCAAAGCCAUGUUGAUCGCCGUGGCCAUCCACCUGCUGCUGCUCAUGUUCGAAGUCCUGGUCUGCGACAGGGUGGAGAGGGGGACCCACUUCUGGCUGCUCGUCUUCAUGCCACUUUUCUUCGUAUCCCCAGUGUCCGUGGCCGCCUGCGUCUGGGGCUUCCGACAUGAUAGGUCGCUAGAGCUGGAGAUCCUGUGCUCUGUCAACAUCCUGCAGUUUAUCUUCAUCGCCCUGAGGCUGGACAGGAUUAUCCACUGGCCGUGGCUGGUGGUGUUCGUGCCCCUAUGGAUUCUCAUGUCGUUCCUCUGCCUGGUCGUCCUCUAUUACAUCGUCUGGUCCCUCCUGUUCCUGCGCUCCUUGGAUGUGGUCGCGGAACAGCGGAGGACGCAUGUGACCAUGGCCGUCAGCUGGAUAACGAUUGUCGUGCCCCUGCUCACUUUUGAGGUUCUGCUGGUUCACAGAUUAGAUGGCCACAAUACAUUCUCUUACAUCUCCAUAUUUGUCCCCCUUUGGCUUUCGUUAAUAACUUUAAUGGCCACGACAUUUAGGCGAAAAGGAGGCAACCAUUGGUGGUUUGGUAUUCGCAGAGAUUUCUGUCAGUUUCUGCUUGAAAUUUUCCCAUUUUUAAGAGAAUAUGGGAACAUUUCCUAUGAUCUACAUCAUGAAGAAAGUGAAGAUGCUGAAGAAACCUCAGUUCCAGAUGCUCCUAAAAUUGCUCCGAUGUUUGGAAAGAAGGCCAGGGUGGUUAUAACCCAGAGUCCUGGGAAAUAUGUUCCCCCGCCUCCCAAGUUAAAUAUUGAUAUGCCGGAUUAAACUUCUGGAGAGCACCCAUCUGUGGAUCGGGAACCGUAUACACACGCAAAAUCCACCUUACUUUUGCCUCUGUGUUCAUCCAUCCCAAACUUGGAACUGAAAAUAGGCCCCAAACACCAUCAUCUCAUGCCUUGUUUGAGAUUGAUGCCUGUCAGUCACUCAUCAGUAUGCACCAUAGAUGUAGGAGGUUAUUUUAAUACAUGGCUCUGUGUAUGUGUGCGCAUGCGUGUGUGCGUGUGGUGUGUGUGUGUGUGUGUGUGUGUGGUGUAUACGUGUGAGAGAACUUGCAUUCCAGGCUAGUGUUUAAAAGCUAGCUUGGGAGGAGUCAGUUGAAUAAUGGGUCCUCAGAUGAAAUGAAUACACAGCUGGGUUUUGUUCUGUUUUGUUUUUAAUGAUACCAUGACUAUCGAAAGUAUUGUUUCAAAGUAUUUUUAUAUACUACUAGUCUAUAGUUGUAUUUCAGAUUGUACCUGUUGGGACAUAAUAGCAAAUGUAAAGAAUUCUCUUUCCCUUCACUUGUUUAUAAGCCUUAGAGUUGUUGUUUUUAGUGUUCCUCCUGUUAAAAUAGUUUUUCUUUGGGCUUUGCUGAUACUGGUCUUUAAUAUCAUAAAAGGUGACUUUUUCUAAUGAAAUGAAUCCAUGCAUAUAUGAUAUUUAUAUGAAUAUUUUAGCAAUGUAUUUUGUUGAAUUCUAGUUCUGUGCAUUACAAUGUAUUACGUGACAGUAUUUUUUUAAGUUU